AUUAGUUAAUUCCCCCCUCACUCACUCUCUCUCUCUCUUCCAUCAAAAAUUCAAUUCCGGAAGGGGGAAAAAAAAUCCAAAUCCCAGCGAUCGCCGUUGUGGAUGGCGGAGGGAUCAACGAGAGGCGAGAAUGGUAACAUCACCAACAGAAGCAAUCUAUUGAAGACGGAUUCGAUCGAAUCGAGGUGGGUUUUCGAGGACGAGGACGGAUCGAACAGCGACGGAGACGAAAGCGAGGGGUUUUCACGUGGAACGAGCUUCGAUUCAGAGGAUGAGGAUGAUGUCGGUGAGCAGAGGCUUGUUAGGACUGGGCCUAGGGUUGAUUCCUUCGAUGUUGAGGCUCUUGAGGUCCCUGGGGCUCAUCGGAAUGAUUAUGAGGACUUUAAUCUGGGUAGAAACAUCGUUCUCGCUCUUCAGACGCUUGGAGUAGUAUUUGGUGAUGUUGGAACGAGUCCAUUGUACACUUUUGAUGUUAUAUUUAAUAAAUAUCAGAUUACUGGGAAGGAAGAUGUCCUUGGAGCACUCUCCCUUGUUCUAUACACUUUGAUCUUGAUACCACUUGUAAAAUACAUCUUGGUAGUCCUUUGGGGCAAUGAUCAUGGUGAAGGGGGAACGUUUGCUUUAUAUUCGUUGAUAUGUAGAAAUGCAAAGGCUAGUCUUCUUCCAAAUCAGUUACCCUCUGAUGCUCGGAUAUCAAGUUUCCGGUUGAAAGUUCCAUCACCAGAGCUAGAGAGGUCUUUAAAAAUCAAGGAGCGUAUUGAAACCUCAUUGGUACUGAAGAAAUUACUUCUUGUCUUGGUGCUUUUUGGUACCUCCAUGGUGAUAGCAGAUGGAGUUGUUACCCCAGCAAUGUCCGUCAUGUCAGCUGCUAAUGGACUGAAGUUUGGAAUUGAUGGCAUCGGACAAGAUGAAGCUGUGAUGAUAACAGUUGCAUCACUUAUAGUCCUGUUCAGUGUACAGAAAUUUGGGACAAGCAAAGUAGGGCUUGCAGUUGGCCCAGCUCUGUUCAUAUGGUUUUGCUGCCUUGGAGGCAUUGGUAUCUACAACCUCAAGAAGUAUGGCACAACUGUUUUGAGGGCAUUUAACCCUGUUUAUAUAUAUUAUUAUUUCAAGAAAGAUUCCACUCAGGCUUGGAUGUCUCUCGGUGGUUGUCUUCUUUGUGCAACAGGAUCUGAGGCAAUGUUUGCAGAUCUUUGCUAUUUCUCUGUACGAUCUGUUCAGCUUACCUUUAUGUUUCUGGUCCUCCCUUGCCUUCUAUUGGGAUACCUUGGUCAGGCUGCGUUUCUAAUGGAAAAUCUAACUCAGAAUGAGCAGGUUUUCUUUUCUUCAAUUCCAAGUGGAGCUUACUGGCCAGUCUUCCUUGUAGCUUCAGUAGCUGCACUUAUUGCUAGUAGGGCUAUGACAACUGCAACAUUCUCAUGCAUAAAGCAAGCAACAGUUCUUGGAUGCUUUCCUCGACUCAAAAUCAUACAUACAUCUCGAAAAUUCAUGGGUCAGAUUUACAUUCCAGUCAUUAACUGGUUCUUGUUGGUUUCCUCUGUGGCAUUUGUAGCGAGCUUUGGAAGCAUAAAUGAGCUGGGCAAUGCAUAUGGAAUUGCUGAACUUGGGGUUAUGAUGAUGACAACAAUCUUAGUCGCUGUCAUUAUGCUUCUGAUAUGGCAAAUUAACAUUGUCGUUGCAUUUUCCUUUCUCAUUAUCUUUCUGGGAGUGGAACUACUUUUCUUCUCCUCAGUUUUGGGUAGCGUAGGCGAUGGAAGCUGGGUUUUGUUGGUCUUUGCAGCAGUACUGUUUAUGAUAAUGUACAUUUGGAACUAUGGCAGCAAGUUGAAGUACGAAACUGAAGUUAAACAUAAGCUCUCAACGGACUUGCUUACGGAAUUAGGUUCCAACCUUGGUACUAUUAGAGCCCCUGGAAUUGGCUUAGUUUACAACGAAUUAGUUAAAGGAGUUCCUGCAAUAUUUGGUCAUUUUCUGACCACUCUUCCAGCGGUCCACUCUAUGAUCGUAUUUGUAUGCAUAAAGUAUGUGCCAGUUCCUGUAGUGCCUCAAAAUGAGAGGUUUCUUUUCAGGCGUGUUUGUGCAAAAAACUAUCACAUGUUCCGUUGCGUCGCUAGGUAUGGAUAUAAGGAUGUGCGCAAGGAAAACCAUCAAACAUUUGAACAGCUUCUCAUUGAGAGUCUUGAGAAGUUCAUUCGCCGAGAAGCUCAAGAGAGAUCAUUGGAGAGCGAUGAGGAUAGUGACACUGAAACCGAAGAAGAGAACCCGUCCUCACGAAUAGUUAUAGCACCCAAUGGCAGUUCUUACUCACUCAGUGUUCCUCUCCUGGGUGACUUCAACUGUAUUGAGAAGCCAAUCUGUGAGCCAAGUUCUUCCUUCAUUGAUACCCAAGAUGAUGAACUAACAGAAGCAGGGCAGAGUUUUGAGAGGGAGCUCUCAUUCGUUCACAAGGCAAAAGAAUCAGGGGUUGUUUAUCUCCUUGGUCAUGGUGAUAUUAGGGCCAGGAAAGAUUCCUGGUUUAUAAAGAAGCUGGUUAUAAAUUACUUCUAUGCAUUCUUGAGAAAGAACUGUAGAAGAGGGAUCGCAACACUGAGUGUUCCUCAUACAAAUUUAAUGCAAGUGGGCAUGACUUACAUGGUUUGAAAUUUGAGUUACUUGGUUUUUCUUACUUCUGCUGAGUCAUACUAACAGGUUAAGAUCCAAACGCACAUGGUUUAUAGUGCUUGUAACUGUGUUUGGGAACUAAGAAAACUGACCAGAAUUGAGAAAAGACAGUGAGAUGAUUCGUUGUAACUGUGAAGGAUCGAGAAGGCGAGAAAUAUCAAUACAGUGUAAUUUCCCCCCCGUUUUCCUGUACUUUUUUUCCUUCAUUUCCAAGGAAAAUACAAGCUUAGCUACUGUAUUUGUUGUAUUUACACGGAAAAUGUAAUAAAAGAUAGAGAAUAUUUAUUUUCGAUUUUCUGCAAAGAGAAGUGCCUUGUUACGGAUUCUCAGUUUCUCACUUUUGUAGCAUCAUUGUUCAUUUUGGAAGCAUGUACAAGAUUUGAGGAUCAUUUGGAUCUGUUAGUUGAAACUAUUGAAGGAGUUGUAAAGAUCACUUUGUAGUCAUGAACUUUGUUGAUUGACCUUUCAUUGUAUUUGCUUUGACAGAUAUACUCUCUUUUCCACUUUCU